AGCAGGAGCUCGCCAGGAGAGGGAAAAAUGGGAUUUUGGGAGGAAUUCCGUGCACGGAGCGAGGCCGUGGCCGCCCCUUCCCGGAGGAAUUCUGCUGCGGGAGGGUUCUGGCGCCGGUGACGAGCGAUGGGGUAUGAUGUGGCUCGCUUCCAGGGGGACGUUGACGAGGACCUGAUCUGCCCCAUCUGCAGCGGGGUCCUGGAGGAGCCGGUGCAGGCCCCGCACUGCGAGCACGCCUUCUGCAAUGCCUGCAUCACGCAGUGGUUCUCGCAGCAGCAGACGUGCCCCGUGGACCGCAGCGUGGUGACGGUGGCCCACCUGCGCCCGGUGCCGCGGAUCAUGCGGAACAUGCUCUCCAAGCUGCAGAUCACCUGCGACAACGCCGUCUUCGGCUGCACGGCCGUCGUGCGCCUCGACAACCUCAUGGCACACCUCAACGACUGCGAGCACAACCCCAAGCGCCCGGUCACCUGCGAGCAGGGAUGCGGCUUGGAGAUGCCCAAGGAUGAGCUGCCCAACCACAACUGCAUCAAGCACCUGCGCUCGGUGGUGCAGCAGCAGCAGACCCGGAUCGCCGAGCUGGAGAAGACCUCGGCCGAGCACAAACACCAGCUGGCCGAGCAGAAGAGGGACAUUCAGCUGCUCAAGGCCUACAUGAGGGCGAUCCGCAGCGUCAACCCCAACCUGCAGAACCUGGAGGAGACCAUCGAGUACAACGAGAUCCUGGAGUGGGUGAACUCGCUGCAGCCGGCGCGGGUGACGCGCUGGGGCGGCAUGAUCUCCACGCCGGACGCGGUGCUGCAGGCGGUCAUCAAGCGCUCGCUGGUGGAGAGCGGCUGCCCGGCGUCCAUCACCAACGAGCUGAUCGAGAACGCCCACGAGCGCAACUGGCCGCAGGGGCUGGCCACGCUGGAGACGCGCCAGAUGAACCGGCGCUACUACGAGAACUACGUGGCCAAGCGCAUCCCCGGCAAGCAGGCCGUGGUGGUGAUGGCCUGCGAGAACCAGCACAUGGGCGAGGACAUGGUGCUGGAGCCGGGGCUCGUCAUGAUUUUCGCUCACGGCGUGGAGGAGAUCUGAUAAGAGCAACGGGUCUCGGAGCCGCGGGGAUGGCCUGGACUCGGGUUUUAGGGUUCUCCGCUUGACUGGAGUUGUUUGAAAGCCGUCUCGGCUCCUUCUCUGUUUCAAGGAGAGAGGGGGAGCGGGGGCUCCACGCACUGCCAGACCCUCUCGGGGGUCCCCCCCCAAAUCCUGCCUCACACCCGGUGCCCCCACCCAGGACAGCUCCGUCUCCUCGUCCCCUCUGGGAUUUCCACCUCGCUCGGCGUCCCCAAGUGGGGUGCUGGUGGUGUCACCGACCCUGGAGUGAGGGGUCCUUGGCCUUGGGGACCCUCCUGUCCCCCCUCGCUUCGUGCAUGCCCCAUUCCCUGGCCCCGGGAGCCACCGGAUCCCCCCGGGCAUCUCCCACCUCCUCCCAAUCCGUGUUUGGCUCUGCUUUCUCCGCCCUCGGUGUUACUUUUCCAGACACUCGUGAUUGUGGUUCUGUAUUUUUUUUAUUUUAUUUUUUUUUUUAAUAUACUUUUAUUUUUUUUUCCUUGAUCUUUUCUCAUUUUUACUCCCCCUUUUUGAUUUUCCGAGUACCGUGGGCAGGCGCCUCUGGCCUGGGUCCCUGGGACUCGUUGGGAAUUUAAUUUAUUUACAUUUAUUUUGUUGGAAUUUAUUUUUUUUUUUUUUUUACCAUUGUUUCUCCUCCAGUGCCGGUCCCUGUGGAUCCGGCAGGAGGCAGGGAUUGAAGUGAUCAAUAAACAGAAUUCUGGUUGCUUUA